AGUUGGAGGUGAGCCACCAGCAGUGGUGGAUGUGUGGAGGGAGACGGCGGAGUUUUGAGAGCGGAUGAUUUGAACGUGUGUCCAUCACAGAAAGUAAAUUUGUAAUAUUGGAUGUCAUGAACUGGUAUAUAUUUUAUGACUUUUGAACACUAUUAAGUACUUGGUUUUGACUAUUCUUCGCUGAAAAUAAUAUUACUACCGUUUGCAAACGCCCAGUCAAUAAAUUCAAUUCAGUUCUUACAACAACAACAAAAAAAUAAACAGAUGACCACAAUUUUCUCCAGGACGAUGGGUUAAAACGUGAUCUGAAGAUAAUGAAGGUUGCUGAUCUUGCCUUACACUCCUAAGUCAAGAGCAAUGGCAGACACCGGAAAAUAUUUGGUGGUCACACCUGAGGAGGUGGCGUACGUCAGGAAGCAGCUGGGUACCAACGAGGAGGACAUCAAAACAGCUGUGACGUCACUGCGGGAGUGGCUCAGGAUGCAGCCACACCUACCUGACGCCGUAGACGACGCCCUCAUUGAACGAAUGUACAUCAAUUCCAAGUGCAGCACUGAGAUGGUGAAACUUGGAUUAGACGCAUACUUCUCCCUCAAACACAGAUUUCCUGAGCUACUAAUGAACAGAGAUAUCGCAGGAAGCGACUUCCAGUUUGCAACGAAGCACUUCAAAAUGAUGGUGAUGCCACGACUCACAAAGGAUGCAUAUCGCGUGAGCAUCUGGACCGCAGUGGACGAAGACUCGAGCAAUGUAGUUUGGCCUCUGUAUGGUAACAUACUUACAGGCGCAUUGGAAAUUAUGUUGGUCGAAGACUACUGUCUUGGAGAUGUGGUCAUCUUCGACUUGGCCAAUGUGAAUGCUGGACAUGUCGUACGCACAGAUAUCAACUUUAUCCGCAAUCUUGAACUCUGCUACAAGACUGCUUACCGCCGGCGAUUGAAAGGACUGCACUUGGUGAAUGCAUCGAAGAUCAUACAUUCAGUCAUGAAAAUAGCAAAGAUGGCGCUAUCUGAAAAGUUGCAGAAGAGGAUAUUCGUGCACCUUCCUGGAUCGACGACUCUGUUCGACGAAGUGCAGCCUGACUGCGUACCAGACGAGCUGGGAGGCACUGCUGGCCCUGUUGACAACUUUGCCUACAAAGUUCUGGAGAAGGUCGACCGUGAUUGGCUGCUGGAGAAGGACAAGUACAAGUCAGACGAGAGCAAACGCCCCGCCAAGGACCAGGAUGGCGACGUCUACGGCAUCGCGGGCUCAUUUAAAAAAUUGUCCGUAGACUGAGACACAACCCUGUUUCGUAAGACAGAGAGAAGACAUUGUAAAACACGUGUAGAUAUUGUACAGGAUUACUUGUAGCCAAUAAUUGAAAUAAACUGCUCUCUACUAAAUCUCGUAA